ACUAAUAGUGUUUGAGUUGAAUAUAUUUUACAUUUACCGGAAUGUACUGACAAGAUUUGUGUAAAACAAGUCGUGUUUUAUCACAUGUAUGUGUUGAAUAAGUGAUGUGUUGAUCCUUUUCGCUAUCACAACAAUGGGAGAGACCGAAGAAUUUAAUACUUUAGCAUUCGAAAAGAAGCUAACGCAGCUAAAAGAUACUCAAGAGAGUAUUCAGUCAUUAUCUGCUUGGUGUUUGAAGCAGAGGCUUUACCAUAAGAAGAUUGUUUCUAGUUGGUUAAAUGUGUUGAAAAGGGUGAAGGUGGAACAGCGACUUGUACUAUUUUAUUUAGCGAAUGAUGUUAUCCAGUAUAGUAAACGGAAGAAUUACGAGUUUGUUGAAAGCUGGGGUCUUAAUUUACAAAAAGCGACACCUUUAGUCAGAGAUGAAAAAGUUAGAUCGAAGAUAUUACGUAUAUUCAAAAUAUGGGAGCAAAGGUCUGUUUAUGAUGAUGAAUUUUUAUCAGAUCUAACUGGCUUGCUCAGUGCUGGAGCUAUAAAAAAGACUGAUGAUGAUCCAUUGGAUUUUCAACCUCAGCAGUUAGUGAAUAAAAUAAAGCAAUGUACAGUUUUAGAAGCGGACACACAAUUAAAAUUAAAAUAUAUACAUGAAAAUCAUCUAGAAUUGUCUGAUGCGGAUGCACUAUGCGCUAAUUUAAAAGAUAGGAGUCACAAGGAUGAUGUGGAAAAAGAAUUGAACGAAGGUAUAGCGUGCGUUGAACGCUACACUCAAGCGUUACAGAGGGAAUUGGUCGCUAGGGAGGCCUUAUUAGCAUUGCUUACUUCUGCUAAUCAAUAUUAUUCCACACAGCGAGGUGAAGUCAAAGUUGUUGCAUAUGCAUACAAAAACUUUGGUGCCCGAGUACGAGCAUUAAAACGUAAACUAGAUGAGUUGAUAACGACCCUGCCAAGUGCAGCGCCAUCGCCCCCCCAGAGAGAUGAAGACGUGCCUUCACCAGGUCCCGAUGAAGACCUGGAUCUGCCGGCUCCUGACACUGCAGAGGAAGAUGUAUCAUAUAACAUAGACCAGACAUUCAAUACAUCUCUGUCAGCUGAUGGGUCUCUCUACAAUCUUGGUCUGUCUUCCUUCCUAACAUCCGACAAUCCUUUGGCAAUAUUCAAUGAUACAGAUUUGGAUCUCAACUCGACUAAUAAAAUUGAGGUAAUAAAUUCGAGAUCUGAUGGUAAUCCAGAUUUCGAUAUUGGUGAUAUUUUGAAGAAUUUCGACCCGCUCGAUAAUAAUUCAACUUCUUCUGAAAAUAAUUCAGCGACAAGUGCACACAUAUCCCAAAAGUCGCAAGACACUUUGCCCGGUUUAGAUUUACUCACCCCGGACAGUACUGGGAAUCCAGCGCCGCCGACGUCUUUCUAUGGCACUAUGAAGACUAUAACUAUUCCAGACGAACCGGAAUUGCCAUAUUUACCGGAAGCACUCACGAACACGCAGUGGAACAACGCUAACUGGAACGUGGCUCCUGUCCCCCCUGUUACUCUGCCGAGCGGACGUUUCGUGGAGACCCCGGAGUCUCCGCCGGCCGCGACUCGCGUCGAGACACAGCGACAGGAGAUUCCGCAAGUUGAUGUCGACCACCGUGGUUUGCUACCGCCGCCCCCUCCACCUCCCAUACUGCCGGUCUUAGGACAUAUUGAAGACGUGGAUCACAGAUUACUACCGACUUUACCCCCUCCCGUCGUAGCUCCCGUGAGACAUACAACACAUCAAGAUGUUGAUCACAGGAAUCUUAUAUCGUUGACUCAUCAGCCUGCGACGCCUCAAGCUGUACCUAGACCAGUCGGUGUGGAUCAAGAUUACAGAGUACCUCAAUUAGUAACUCCGAUGGCGCCUCCCAUGGUGCCACCCACAGAUAUUGUGGAAAGCGUAGAUAUGGAUCUGUCUGAGGACGAGGAACAACAAGGUAUGUACCCCAAUCAAAAUCCGAACGAACAUCGUCGUAACAGUUUCAACAACAACAAGGUUUUAGUCGGAGGCGAUGACAAGACUCACACUGAUAAAAACCAUGUAAAUAUUCAGAUAAAUACCAAUAAACCAAACAUAAGAAGCACGGAUGGUCCGCACACUGCCCCCGUCGUAACUACUCCUAUGUCAAAUCCCUUUGACAAUAUGCCAACUGGUCUAAAGUACAACAUGCCAGCGACAACGUUUCAGAGUAUUCCAAACUUCCAAAAGCCGGCCUUUGAAGAUAACAAUGACUACCAGAAACCUCCUCCAAAUUUCCAGAAAACUGGGUUUCAAGAAAGACCUGGUUUUCAAGAUAAGGUAGAGAAUAAUUCAACAGAUAGUCCAUAUGAAGAGGAUUUGAGAACCAGAAGUUUGGACGUUCAAAGAAACCCAUCGCCUCCAGACUAUCCUGAAUUUCCAAAAGAUGGCCCGACCGAAUGGCAGAGACCUAGGUUCAUGAAUCACAGGUUUCCUAGGAAUUGGGAUCCUCGGACUAAUUUCAGACCGAACUUUAAUCCCCAGUUUUGGCCUAGAAACGGUCCCAGACCUCCAAAUAGAUGGAUGGGUCCUAGACCACAGAGGUUUUGGUGAUUGUGUUAAGUGUUAGCCAGAGAGUUAUUAUUUAUAGUGACGACGCUACUGGACAAAUGAAUUAAAGAUUUCGAGUUCGUUUUUCGCCUACCAAAACUGUAUAAAAAUAUGUCGCAUAUGUAUUUCGACUUUUACAUGAAUUUUAACUUUGUGACAAACGGAUUCGUCAAUUGACAAAUUGUUUUGUCCGGUCUCGUUAGAGCCUCUAUUUUAACUGUAAGACUAGUUUAGGGAUUUAAAUAUAUGUGUAAUAAGUUUUAUUUUGUCGAUAUGUAGAAGAAAAAAAUUUGGCUUGUUUUUAUUUUCAGAGUUAUGCACAUUAUUAAAAUUAAAAUAUAAGUAUGUCGUAUUUUGUUUUUAUUACGGACGGUUUGUUUUUGUAGGUUUUAUUGAUAUUUUAUUCGAGUAUCCCCUAUAGAAAAAAAAAAUAAUAAAAUUAUGUUAUAGAUAAUGUUGGAUAUAGUUUUAUUAUAAAUACUGGCAAAAGUAGGUAUUUCUGGUCUUUUUCCUUUAUUAAAACAAAUGGUCGUUGUAAAAUUUGUUGUAUGGGCUAAGUUAUAUUUUUAUAAAAAAAGAAAACAUGUCAAUAUUUUAACUGGUAAGAUUAAGGAAGAAUAAUCAUCUAAAUUAUCUUUUAAAUUAUUUUUUACAGAAAUGGUCCUAUUAAAAAUCUGAACAAGAUAUAUUAUUAGAUUAAUAUAUUUAUAACAUGACUAAUGGUAUUAUUUAAUAUAAAAAUAUAUGUGAAAAAUCUACACUUUCAGCCUAAAGUCCCACCAAAAAAUGAAAAAAAAAAAAAAAAAAUGUAUUACGACAGAAUACAUAAUAAUUUAUUUAUAUAUUAUUAUAGUUACAGUUUAAUUGAGUACAACAACUUGAAUGAAAUAUACAUAAAUAAAUAGCGUUAUAUUCCUU